CACUUUCAAUUAUUUGAGUGAGUUUGUCCAAUGUUUACCACUCACAAAUUGAUCACAACUAUUGCUGAAUUUUCAAAGGGUUUUUUUUUUUUUUUGUUUUCUUCAUGGAUUGAGGAGCCCCUCUUGUAAGGGAAUUUAUGUCAUUCACACACUUUUUCUCUGAUUCUAAUCCAAAACCCACCUUAAAACCUGUCUCAUUUCUCUCAAAUUCAUCCAUUAUGGGUGCUUUUGCUAGCAAAAGAAAGAGCAAGGCUUGCCAUGAGAGGAGGCAUGUUAAGAGUUUGACAGAUAAAAUGAGGCCUCUGCAACAGGAAAUCAAGGAAAUGGUUAAUGAAAGAGAAAAAGAAGUGCUGGUUUUUGCAUGGAAAGAAGUUGAGUGGAAGAAAGAGAGGAAGAAGCUAAAGGAGGAAGUGAAGAAGCUGAGGAAAUUGGUGGAAGAGAAAGAAGAGAAGAUAAGAGGAAUGGAAGAUUAUGCAAUGGAAGUUGAGAAAUGUGACAGAGCGUGGCCAUUGCUGGGGACAAGUUUCCUACUGGACCAAAUGAAAGAGGAGAGGGCAAGAAAAGAUGAGGCUGUGGAGAAGUGGAAGCAACUCUAUCUUGCCAUCAAGACCGAGCUUGAUCAUCUCAUUCAGAGAACUCAUGGAGAUGCAUUGUAUUGGAAAGCAGAGGAAGAGGAGAUGAAUAUGAUAGAAGAACUAAAGAAGGAAGUGAAGAACAAAGAAGAAACAAUAGAAGAUAUGAAACGUCGAGUAGCUUCAAUGGAGAGGGAAGGAUAUGAGAGGGAAAGAGAGAUGGAUAUUCUUAGGCAAAGCUUGAGAAUUUUGGGCAGUAAGAAGAAGGCAGCUUAUACUAGUAAUACUAAAAGUAAUAUUUAUUUGUGAAAUUGGCCUUCAACAAAUUCACUGUUUUAUAGUAUGUGUGUGCAAAUAUAAGUUAGGUGUUGUAUUUUGUAAUGGAAAUGAUUUUAA